CCAGCUGUGCUCUGUGGUGUCUGUGAAUCAAUAAAAUGUUAAAUUUGGUUAAACAACGUGUGUAGAUUUAUAUAGCAAUGAUUUAGACUUAGAGAAUAACAAUGUUUUGAUAGGCCAUGCAUAGCCGUGUUUAACACUAAAACCAGGGGGAGUUGCUUUACAUUUAAGGCAGUUAAACCGUCGUAAUGUCACGGUUUCUUCUAACAUUUCUAGAUUUACCGCUUCGGACGAUUAAUGGGCGGAUCAACCAGACCACCCGUUGGACGUAAAACCGCCCUCCCUCGCGCCACAUGUUCCUUGUAAACAGUGCGUCAUUUCCGGUCGGCGAAAAUGGCCGCUGGUCUUCAGCUGCAGCGAUGCGUGGUAGCGCAGACAGGAAAACAUUCCGCCUCUGUUAUUUUCCUGCACGGCUCAGGAGACACAGGACAGGGACUGCGGGCCUGGGUACGAGAUGUGUUAAAACAAGACUUGGCCUUCCCCCACAUUCGAGUUAUAUACCCCACAGCCCCAGCCAGACCAUACACGCCCAUGAGAGGCGCCUUGUCACAUGUGUGGUUUGACCGCUACAAGAUCUCGUGGGACUGUCCCGAACACCUCGAGUCGGUGGAGGCCAUGUGCAGCACGCUGGAUGCGGUGGUGCAGCAGGAGGUGCGGGCAGGAGUGCCCAAGCACAGACUUCUCAUCGGAGGGUUCUCCAUGGGUGGUGCCAUGGCUCUGCACCUGGUCAGCAAGUUCCACCCAGAUGUGGCAGGGGUCUUUGCACUCUCAAGUUUCCUUAACAAAGACUCUGUUGUGUUCCAGAUGGUUCAGGCUGGCCCAAGGCAAUCCCUGCCAGAGCUCUUCCAGUGCCAUGGGACAGCAGACGAGCUGGUGCCCCAUGACUGGGCCGAGAUGACGGUGGCACGGCUGCGAGAUGCUGGUGUCAGUGUGACUUUCCACUCCUUCCCAGGCGUGCAGCACCAACUGUCCCGUGCAGAGUUGGAGAAGCUGCGCUCCUGGAUCAUUAAAAAGCUGCCCCAAGAAGACCCUCCUGUCAGAGACUGAGCCACUGUUCAGUGAGCUGUGUGGGACUUACUAUGCUUCACAGGGCAGACACAUGGGAAUAACUUUGACAUUCUACAAAGCUCCUUUGUCAUUGUCAUUAGGGGGAAAGGUUGCUCCACCAUCCCAGAAACAGCUUCUGUUUUCAGAGAAUAUGCCAGUGGGUUCUUCCUCUAGCUCCAGGGUACAGAUAGAAGUGUCUCAAGUCAUUGGAGGCCUUCCUGUCGUAAUAAUAAAACAUAAUUGCCCUGGG